GUCGGCAACGCCCAGCAGAGCGUGCAGGCUGCCACCUCCGCCUCAGAGAUCUUCCGUGGCCUGGGCACAGAGGGUGAGGGAGCCCUGCCGGAUGUGCUGCGCCUCGUGAUCGAUGGGAAGCGCAUGCUGGCCAUUCAACAGCAAGAGGACUUGGCACCGGUGCGACAAUUUGCGGAAGAUGCGAAGUCAAACUUCGCGAAGGCCGGCAACGCGAGGGGAGAGGCUGCCAUGAUGAUUUCCAUGGCAGAGAUCACACUCAGCGAGCGGACCCAGCCCCUUUCCAAAGCUCGGCUGCCGUCGAUCCAGCUCGUAGAUCAG